CGUCCACGGCGUGCUCGCUGACGCUCCGCUCGCUCCGCUCCGCUCAGGCUCAGUAGGCCCGGUACGCCCGACGGCCACUCCGCGUCGCGCCGCGCAUGGGUGUUGGAGCGAGGUGCGUGCUAUAGCCGAGGCGAGGCAAGGCGAGGCCAGUGGUGCCGUCUAGCGUCCAGUCCGCACCCAGGACUCCCUCGGCCCCUCCGCCAUGGUCAGCGAGGAGCAGGCGCCCCUCCUGGAGGGCGGCACGCGCCGCAAGGGCUCCGGGAACUCCCUGCACGACGAACCCAACCACGUCUACGACGGCGCGCCGCUGUACCUGGACGAGCUCUCCAAGGAGCGCGGCAACGGCAACGGCUACGGCAGCUUCAACGGCAGCCCCGUCCACGGCCACGGCGGCGACGGUGACGGCGGGGGCGGCGGCCCGCCGAGGGACACCAUCCUGUCGCCCAUGGGCAACGAGCGGCUGGUGUACUCCUGGAGCGACGUGAACGUCUUCAGCGGCGACGAGCAGCGGGGCGGCGCGCUGCAGGCCGCGCGCUCGCUGUGGGGGCGCUGCACUGGGAGACACGGCGUGGCGCCGCACCGCAAGCACAUCCUCAAGAGCGUGUUCGGCGUGGCGUACCCGGGCGAGCUGCUGGCCAUCAUGGGCUCGAGCGGCGCGGGCAAGACGACGCUGCUCAACACGCUCACCUUCCGCUCCGGCAACGGCGUGUCCGUGACGGGGCGGCGCUGCGUCAACGGCGUCCGCGUCGGCCGCAACGCCGUGGCCGCGCUGUCCGCCUACGUGCAGCAAGACGACCUGUUCAUCGGAACGCUCACCGUGCGCGAGCACCUCGUGUUCCAGGCCCUGGUGCGCAUGGACAGGCACAUCCCGUACGCGCGCCGCAUGCGCAGGGUGGACGAGGUCAUCCAGGAGUUGGCGCUGGCCAAGUGCGAGAACACCACCAUCGGCGUCCCCGGCCGCGUCAAGGGGAUCUCUGGAGGGGAGAUGAAAAGACUGUCGUUCGCUUCCGAGGUGCUGACGGACCCGCCGCUCAUGUUCUGCGACGAGCCCACCUCGGGGCUGGACUCGUUCAUGGCCCAGAACGUGGUGUCGGUGCUGGCGGGCAUGGCGCGCAAGGGCAAGACCGUGGUGUGCACCAUCCACCAGCCGUCGUCCGAGGUGUUCUCGCUGUUCGACAAGGUCCUCCUGAUGGCCGAGGGCCGCGUCGCCUUCCUGGGCGCGCCGGACCACGCGUGCCGCUUCUUCAGCCAGCUCGGCGCCGGCUGCCCCAGCAACUACAACCCCGCCGACUUCUUCGUGCAGCUGCUGGCCGUGGUGCCGACGCGCGAGGAGUCGUGCCGGCAGACCAUCGAGAUGGUGUGCGACGCCUUCCAGCGCUCCGAGUACGGCCUCAAGGUGCAGCACGACGCGGACGCCGGCAGCGACCUCCUGGCCAAGCCGCCCCACUCCUGGGAGGAGGACCUCUUCCUGGUGGACACGUCCCCCUACAAAGCGUCCUGGCUGGCGCAAUUCCGCGCCGUGCUGUGGCGCUCCACGCUCUCCGUCUUCAAGGAGCCCCAGCUCAUCAAAGUCCGCAUGCUGCAGACCAUCAUGGUGGCGCUCAUGAUCGUGCUCAUCUACUACGGCCAGUCACUGGACCAGGACGGCGUCAUGAACAUCAACGGAGUACUCUUCAUCUGCCUGACCAACAUGACGUUCCAGAACGUGUUCGCCGUCAUCAACGUGUUCUGCGCCGAGCUGCCCAUCUUCAUGAGGGAGCACCUGAACGGCAUGUACCGCGCCGACGUGUACUUCCUGUGCAAGACGCUGGCCGAGACCCCCGUGUUCCUGGUGCUCCCGCUGCUCUUCAUCUCGCUGCCCUACUACCUCAUCGGCCUGAACCCCGAGCCCGCCCGCUUUUUCCUGGCCUGCCUCGUCAUCGUCCUCGUGGCCAACGUCGCCACCAGCUUUGGCUACUUGAUCUCUUGCAUCUCAAACAGCGUCUCCAUGGCGCUGUCCAUAGGCCCGCCCGUAGUCAUCCCCUUCAUGUUGUUCGGAGGCUUCUUCCUCAACAACGACUCCGUGCCGAGCUACUUCAAGUGGCUGUCGUACUUGUCGUGGUUCAAGUACGGCGACGAGGCGCUGCUCAUCAACCAGUGGCAGGGCGUGGAGGAGAUCGCCUGCACCCGCGGCAACGCCACCUGCCCGCGCACUGGCCACGUGGUGCUCGAGACGCUCUCCUUCCACGAGGAAAACUUCUGGAUUGACAUCGUGAACCUGGGAGCACUGAUCCUCGCGUUCCGGUUCUUCGCUUUCCUCGCCCUUCUGUCGAAGACCUUCCGGUCGUGAGGUUUCGUCCAGGACGGCGACGACAACGCAAACUGCCAAGACGAAGUACAGCCAGGGGUGUCGAACCCAGGAUGAAGACUGUGAUUAAUUUAGGUUAGUCGAGAUCUGAGUCAUAUAGGCGUGAGUGUAGAGUGAAGACGAAGAGGAUGGAGGAGGCCGACAAACUUAGUGCCAUUUUUAUAAGUGGAAAAUGAAAAUGUGAAACUUGUGCCAUUUUAGUGAGGGAGGUGCUCAUGUUAUCCCGCCUGGCUGGAUGAUGGCACCCCCUAGGAACUAUUUUUUACUUGAUACUUUAAAUUAUUUUGCUAUGCUCGGAAUUACAAGCUCAUCGUGUUUUUUGUAAAACACGUGUCUGAAAAGGCGUUUUUAUGUAAAUAAGGAGAGUGGUGUGAUUUUGUGAUAACAUGUUUUUUGUUUUAUAAAUUAGUUUCCAUUGAGAACGCGUGUGUGUGCGAGAAAUACAAGCCGUUGAGGCUCAUAUUAUUUGUUGAAAUAAUGAAGAAAAUAAAAUCGUUUUUAUA